CAAAAUUACUCUCAUGUAUUUCUUUAACAUGUUGGACUGUUUGUAUACCCCAGCGAUCAAUUUUCCAGUUGUCAUUCUGUUGAACUGACCUUAUGUUUAGUCCAUAAAAGUGUUGUCUUGGUUUAAUGUUUAAUUGAUAAAUUGUCAUCUCUGGUAGUUUUGAACCUUCUUAUAACACGCUUUCUGUUUCUAAUCAUCCCCCAUGCAAGUAUAAGCAACUCUCCCUUGUUGAAUGGAUUGAAGAUAAAACUCUUAUUGGCUUCUAAUCUAGAAUAAUCAAUCCUGUUAUUCAAGAACAUCUUUCCCAAGUCAUUCUGGGGCUUGUCAUUUAUAUGUUUUUUCCCAAUAACUUUGUCAGGGGAAUGAAGAUCUUAUACUUGUUCAUGAUGCUCUUGACUAUGGAGAUUGCCGUUUGUCCCUUGCAAUUCCCAAAUAUGGGAUCUUUGAGAAUAUCAAUUCACUCAAGGAGCUAGUUGAAAUGCCGCAAUGGACUGUUGAGAAACCUCUGAGAGUUGCUACUGGCUUUACUUACCUUGGUCCUAAAUUUAUGAGAGAAAAUGGAUUGAAACAUGUGACCUUUUCAACUGCUGAUGGAGCCUUAGAGGCUGCUCCUGCGAUGGGGAUAGCUGAUGCAAUUUUGGACCUUGUGAGUAGUGGGACUACUUUACGUGAAAACAAUUUGAAAGAAAUUCAAGGUGGAGUUGUGUUGGAAAGCCAGGCUGUUCUUGUGGCAAGCAGGAAAUCCUUGAUCCAGCGGAAGGGUGCAAUAGAGACCACCCAUGAGAUUCUUGAAAGAUUGGAGGCUCAUCUGAGGGCAGUUGGUCAGUUCACGGUUACUGCAAAUAUGAGGGGUAGUAGCGCAGAGGAAGUAGCUGAGCGAGUACUGAGCCAGCCAUCACUAUCUGGUUUGCAGGGACCCACUGUAAGUCCAGUUUUUUGCAAGCAUGAGGGGAAGGUCUCAGCUGAUUACUAUGCCAUAGUACUUUGUGUGCCCAAGAAGGCUCUCUGCAAGUCUGUGCAACAGUUGAGAGCUGUAAGUCUUGACAAACCGUAUAUAAUAAUAGUUAUCUGCAUGUAGAAACCAAUGGUCCAUGCCUUUAGCAGAAAGAAUUGAUGAAUAAGUUUGAUUGACAUUGGAUAGAAAGACUAACUACAUUUUAUCGUAUCCUAACCAGUAAGCACCUUUACUGGCCCCUCCCCCUGAAAAGAGAAAGAAAAGAAAAGGAAUUUAACUUU